CGCGCCGCCGCCGCGCCGCUGAGGGCGGCCGCCGCGAUGCUGCCCCGGCGCAGGACCUUCGCGCUGGCGGCGCCCCGCGCCCGAGGUAAGAAGAGCCCAUCUGCUGAGGACACAGUUGUGCUAACACAUAUGAAGAUAUUGAGCAAUGAAGGAAUUCAAAAUCCAGGGUUAAUACCUGAGCCUCCAGCUGACACAGACUGCACAGAAAAAUCCCAUCUUCCUGGCGUCAGCCUCCAGCCGCACUGCCAGGGAAACCUGAAUGCAGCGGCCACACCAGCAAAUCCAGAUUAUGCAGAUACUCCGGCGAGCACAAACUAUGUAGCCACACUACCUGACCUCAGCACCUUUGAGUCCAAGUGCCGACUUCACAGAUUCUCCAAAUUUGAAUCUGAGGACUCAGGUGUUGAACUGCCUAGUGGAGCUAAUUCUCCAUCAACACCAACAGGUUCAGAGAAGAGCUUUGUGCUUCACAGCAGAGACUCAUUUUGUGACUCUGGGGUGCUUAGCACCUCUUCUUCUCCAGAAAUUGACCAUCUGAUAAUGAGAACAUGCAAAGAGCGGGCCAGAAAAACUAGCCAGCAUGGCCCCGAGAGCGAAAAGCAAGCUGAAUACUACAGCCAGGAGGUAGAGGCUGUGCAGGUUCCUACGGCUUCCCUUGAAGACUUCGAUGUCACUCAGAAAGGAGAAAGUCCCAAACAACAUUUUGACCAAAGUGAAAGUCAAUCUCUGGAAAACCAACCUACCCGAGAGACAAACCUUCCCAGGGAAAACAUACUUCCGAAUCCAGCUCCUGUAGAAGAGCCAAAGACAAUUGCUGACCAUUACCCAGAGACCUUUGGCAGCAUGCAAGACCUUCAGGUCCACGAACAUCAGCUGAAGAAGUACCCCACAAGUGACAGUCUGGAUGAAUACAUGGAUGAAUGCUGUAGACUGAGCGAGGUGAACCAAGGCAACAGCAAAGCCCUGGGAUCUGGCCUGGGAUACCUGGAACACAUCUGCCAACUGAUUGAGAAGAUUGGGCAGCUACAGGAACACAACCUGCGCCUCCAAAAGCAAGUGUGCAGCUUACAGAAAGAGCAGAAGAUGAGCCAGAUAAGGGAGGAGUACCUCCUGCAGCAUUGCUCCUGUGGAGCUGCCAAUGUCUUCCUCAACUCGUACCAAGAUGCGAAGACAUCUUUUACUGGGAGGAGCAGACCUCACAGCCUCUUGGUUCAGACUGGAAACCCUUCAGAUCUUUCCAUCAUCCCAGAAAUAGGAGCAAACAGUGAAAAGCUGAGCAGCUGCAGUGGAAAUGAGAGAUACCCGGAAUCAGGAAACAGCCAGCUGAUGAUAGGGCUCAGGAAGUCAUCGAACAAUAGGAGCAACAAGGAGAAUGAGUUCAGAGAAGCCAGUGGCACGGCUGAGGGACAAGCUUUUCUAUCAAAGCACCCUGCAGUAAGAAAGGGUCUGGACAUCAGUAAGAACAUCUCGGGUGAAAGCCAUGCUUGGGGAAGAAUGAGAGAUCUUAUGAAGAAGACGCGGCUGAGAAACCAGAGCAAGCUGGGACUGUCCUCUGCUGCUCUGAAGAGGUCCUGCCCACAGCUGUACAGGCCAGAUAUUAUGUCUUCGGAGCUGAGGAAAACUGAGAGGAACUCCAUGAUUGUUCUGGGGCAAAAUACAAAGAAUGAAAACAUAUGGCCUUUCUGAUAACCCCAGUCAAAUGGAACAAGAAAGGAAGGAGCAGGAACACCAUUGGACACAGAACUGAAACCGCUGGGGUUACUUUGUGCAACCUGCAUUCUACGGCUGUCAGCAAGGCAACUGUGAUUUGGUGUUGAAAGAGAAAGGGGGAGCAGGGAGCCUGGGAAUGGUUUGUGGAAAGAUGUGCGCUCAGCUAUACGUGGCUUCACUCCCAACUCUGAAGUAUACUUACAAAACCAAACCACAUGAAAACUAUAGUCAAUGUUUCAGCAACAUAACCAAUAGGGGCUUUUAAAUAAGAUUUGGUAAAUCUUCUUCUGCUCUGGUUUAGGAACCGAACUACCUGAAGUACUGAAGCUUUUAAAUUAUCAUUGCUUUCUGGGGAUCUUCGCCAGCUGAAAGAAGCUUAAGACUUAAAGGAGACAACAGUACUUGGAGAAUUGCCAGAGACUCCUUGUCUGGGCAGCAAUAGUUGAUGGGGAGAACAGCUUCCUCCUCCAGGAAGGUUUGAAUUGCAGUCUCUGCUAACACCUACAGCAGCUCCUGCCCUCAGGGCUGCACCCUGCCAACAGUGCAAGCUUAGUGGCAUUCAAUGGAAGAACCAAGUCUGUGAAGCAAAAAUAUCCACCCUUUGCUUCUAAUUCUGCAGGGGCACUGCCUCUGUGAAGGCCCCUUGACUUCAGUACUGCCCUAUGCAAAAACUGGCUUCAGUGUGGCUUCAUUAUAGCAAGCAGAGCAAGGGGCACUGUGGGAAUCAAUCUUCUGAGUGAUCAGAGGGUGCAUUGAAGAUAGUAUGCAGCUCUGGCAGGCUGCCCUGUGAAUCUUUCAGGGGGCCAAGCUUGAUUUCCCACCUUUAAGCGACAAGUUAAGGACCCCUGGAGGCUACAGGCUGCAGUGGCCACCUGAUGCACAUGCUGGACCUGCGCUCCCUCUGCUGGGAAAGAGCACAGUGGAGAGCAAGGCUGCAAGGAAGAGUUAUUCAGCUACAUGCAUCAUUUAAAAGCUGCUUCUCUUGCCUCUUAAAAGUUACUCUUUUGGGUCUUAACUUCUUUAUAACAGCAGAGCCAUGUUCAGUGGCUGCCUUAUUGCCCUGUGUUCACUAACUUCAGACUCAGGCUACAGGCAGCAUGUACUUCUGGAGGUCGCAUGACUGCUUUGGCCUCUGCACACCAGCUCUUACUGGUACUAGCAUUCAUGCACGCAGAGUAAGAAUUUAGACAAACUAUCUUUGCCUGUUGUUAUAUGGCUAUUCUACCCAUUGAACUAUGAUUUAAUUGUAAAAAUUCAAGUAACUGUAGUUUAACCUCCCCACUCCCCACUCAUCCUUACUUGCUUGGGAACUGAGAUUUGAGAAGCCAGCAGGAAGAUGCCAGCUUCAGCAGGCUCAGCUUGUAAGAGAUGCCUCCCCUGUGCUCAUCAAGAUCAGCUGGAGCCCCUGGAGUCCACAAACCAGGAGAACAGGAUCCGAGAUUCAGAAUAUCCCAGUACGGGAAGGUUAAUUUGAGCUCAAUUCCAGUAACAAGCAACAGUGUGAGGUUAAAGAGCUGCUGUUGAUUGGAACGAUGGGCCACAUUGCCAGCGUGGCUGUAGUUUGUGAGGGUGACAGCCCAGGCCUGUUUCUUCAAGUGCUCAGAAUGUUUUCAGGGAAGUAAAGUAUGGCUGUUAUUAACCUCUCCCCUCCCAAAAAAGUUUGUGCUGAUUCAGAGCUAGCACCUUGAUGUCUGUGCUGUGUUCAGUAUUUCAGCUGUCACUAGUUUUAGCUGCUGCAAGAUUCAGAUAUUUACUGUAUAUCUUGCUAGCUUCAUCAAAAGCUAGAGAGAUCAAGGUCUACAACUUGAUUAUUCUGUGAAUAGUCAGCAUAUCUUCACAAAUACAGGGGGCUAAAAUCCUACAUUAUCUUACACCCUCUGUUAUCCCUCCAGCUUUACAGACACUGUAACGAAUGUGAAUCAGUGCAGAACUGGACGAAGUAUUGUAAGAUGUAGCAUUAUAAACUGGUAUUUUUAUAACUACAUUCCCCUUAUAUACAGAUUUUUAAACUAGAAUGAACUAGCAUUUUUUUAUUACAGCAUUAUAUGAAAUAUAUUCAUGUAUUUCCAGAAAUAUAUUUAUAACAUGUAACAUACUGUAUAGUUCUCUACUCCAGGAUGCAUUGUUAUACAGGCAUAAAAUUUAAUAAAAUGCACCACUAUUACAAAAUAAA